CCAUUUGCAGUUCAGUUGACACGACAGCUCAAGUUAUGUUAUAUGCAGUAGUGUUCGCAUUUCUUCUUGUCGGUGUAAAAUCAGUCUCCAUAUCGCUGACACAAUCAUCACCAUGGAGACUGGACGCCGGGAAGGAGGCGAGCGUCACAUGUACGGCUCAAUGUACAUCUCAGUGUAACUACUACGUAUUCUGGACAAAAGAAGAGGAUUCAACAUUCCAGUGGGGAAAUGCUACUCUCCUAUUCAAGCCACUUACAAUCACAAGUACAGGGAACUACACAUGCAUUGUUCAGGAACAUGGGCACCACCCUGGGAAUAAGAAGUUGGAAAUACUUGUAAACUAUCCGCCAAGAAACGUUGCUAUAUCAGUCAAAGGACGGGAAAUGAAGAAGUAUAGUACCAGGGAAGGUGCAAACAUAACUCUGAACUGCUCUGUUGAUGGGUACCCCCCUCCUCUGGUGAAGUGGCACAAAGAUGGCGUCAACCUACACACGGAGAACCUCACACACAGAUACGGACUUCAUCCAAAUCCUUCUGGCGGUUUCACAAGUGCCUAUCAUUUGACGGACGUGAAAUGUGAUGAUGGAGGAAGAUUUGUUUGUCAGGCUGGCAAUACUGCCGGGGUGGGAACUGUGGAAAGCAUCAUUAAACUUGAAGUUGCUCAAUGUAUGGUAAAGUUGCAGAACGAACGAGAACUUGCAACGGUAUAUUUGCUGCAUAGUGGAGAAACCAUCACAACCAACAUCUCAGUUGUGUCCAAACCACCAUCAGUUCUUGUUGGAUGGAGUCUACAGAGAGAUGGGACUGAGAGAAACCUACUGGAGGAAGUCGGGGGCAUCAGUUGGCGCCAUGUCAAGUUGCCAGGGUUGUACCAUGUGGAAUACCAUCAGUUUACCCACUUUAAUGUGACCAAGAACAAAUCAGGAGUUUUCACAGUGAUCUUGUCCAAUGGUCUUCGGUAUAAUCUCAAUAUCAACUACACUUUUGAUAUCGCUGACACCGUUGAAGCUUGCACGGACACAAUGUGCCUCUACAAGUCCUAUAUCAUAGCUGGAGGUAUGCUUCUGGGAGCUAUCAUUCUAAUUCUCCUCUUUGCCGUGGCUGUCAAAGGACACCGUUAUGCUCGACGGGCACGCACCGCUGCACCGAGGCACUUAAACCAUGGCGCAGAGUGUAUAAAUACACAGGCCUUGUGGAAGUCCGUGGAAUCAGAUGAGAUUUCAUACACUGAUCCUAAUGCCGACCAUGUGAUGGCUGAAAACCCCUGCAACAGACCCAGCAUCACCAGCUCAGGCCUUGACACUUUCCACUGACUGUGUCUCCCAUCAUCCUCAGCUCAGCUCUUGAUACUUUUCCACUGGCUGUGUCUCCCACCUCCACCAGAUCAGCCCUUGAUACUUUCCACUGACUGUGUCUCCCAUCAUCACCAGAUCAGCUCUUGAUACUUUCCACUGACUGUAUCUCCCACCUUCACCAGAUCAGCUCUUGAUACUUUCCACUGACUGUGUCUCCCAUCAUCACCAGAUCAGCUCUUGAUACUUUCCACUGACUGUAUCUCCCACCUUCACCAGAUCAGCUCUUGAUACUUUCCACUGACUGUGUCUCCCACCUUCACCAGAUCAGCUCUUGAUACUUUCCACUGACUGUGUCUCCCACCUUCACCAGAUCAGCCCUUGACACUUUCCACUGACUGUGUCUCCUAUCAUCACCAGAUCAGCUCUUGAUACUUUACACUGACUGUGCCUCCCACCUUCACCAGAUCAGCUCUUGAUACUUUCCACUGACUGUGUCUCCCACCUUCACCAGAUCAACCCUUGAAACUUUCCACUGACUGUAUCUCCCAUCAUCAACAGAUCAGCUCUUGAUACUGUCCACUGACUGUGUCUCCCACCUUCACCAGAUCAGCCCUUGAUACUUUCCACUGGCUGUGUCUCCCAUCAUCACCAGAUCAGCUCUUGAUACUUUCCACUGACUGUGUCUCCCACCUUCACCAGAUCAGCUCUUGAUACUUUCCACUGACUGUGUCUCCCACCUUCACCAGAUCAGCUCUUGAUACUUUCCACUGACUGUGUCUCCCACCUUCACCAGAUCAGCUCUUGAUACUUUCCACUGACUGUGUCUCCCACCUUCACCAGAUCAGCUCUUGAUACUUUCCACUGGCUG